GGCACCACAAGAUGGUACAGAGGCUCCUUGCUUGACGCUACUGACAAAGAUGGCUCACUAUGACACCCGGACGCUGGCCGCAGGCUGCUUUGGGAAGGUGUACAGGGAGAAGUACAAGGAGGAGUGGGCAGCCAUGAAGAAGGUUCCAGUACACAUGAUCAACGCAGAGUCACUCAACAGAGAGUGCAGAGUCUAUGAAAAAGCGCGCCAUCCCAACAUCGUAAGGCUGCUGGGGGAACCCUGGAGGCAGGACGGCAGGUUUCACAUCCCCAUGGAGUUCAUCACGGGGGAGGAGCUGGAGACAACCAUCUUCAUAACACAGAAAUCAAAAAUCAAGUUGACACCAGCCGCCAAAGCCACCAUCAUCAGUGGCAUGUGUGCAGGGCUGUUCCAUCUUCACAGCAAAGACAUAGUGCACCAGGACAUCAAACCGGACAACAUUAUGGUGGAACACGAAACCAACCGUGCCGUCAUCAUUGACCUGGGGCUGGCCAAGUUCUUCCGGAACGGAUUGACUUCGGCCGCAAACAUGGGCAACGAGGCCUACUCCGCUCCCGAGGUCUUGGAUCAGCACGGGGUGCGGGACUCCCGCUCUGAUGUCUGGGCCAUGGGCAAGGUCAUCGCCGAGCUGUGCGCCAGAGUCAGGCUGCCAACGCAUGCCGUGAACCCCACCAAAAUCCAGGAGACGCUGGCGGCUUACCCUUACAAAGAGGCCGUGUCCAAAAUGGUGGACCCCAAUCCUGCUACUAGAGUCAGCAUGGCUCGGGCGUUGUCUUACAUCAGGGAAGCAGAGGUCAAGGUCAAGCAGGAGGAGAGGGCAGGUGGUUUGCAGGUUUCUCCUCAUCAGGGGGACAGAAGUCCAUCGCCAGCAAGGAGCAGAUUCGAUGCAGAGGGACUCAAGACUGUUAUAGAGGUCAAGCCCAGAAACGCAGGAGCGGACGGGCUACACCAAAGGGGAGCAGGUUUGCAGGUAUCUCCUCGUCAGGUGGACAGAAGCCCAUCUCCAGCCAGGAGCAGAUUUCAGCCAGUGGCUGCAGAUGAGCUCAAGACUGUUGUGGAGGUCAAGCCCAGAAACAUAGGAACGGAGGGGCUGCACCAGAGGGGUGGUGCAGGUGGUGUGCAGCAGGUGACCCCUCGGGUAGAAGUAAACAGGAGCCCGUCCCCAGGAAUAAGCAGAUUCCAGCCCGCCGUGCCGCAGGGGGGGAGAGGUCGCGAGGAGGUCAAGCCUCGCUUUGGGGUGGCGGCAGCCGGGUCACACCAACACACCGGUCUGGUACCUGUCAGACCAGAGGCGGAGAGGACGAGGAGCCCCUCCCCAGCACGAAGCAGAUUCCUGGCAGCAGCAGAUCCACGGAUGAAGCAGGAGGACAAGACAGCGCUUCAGGACAAGCCUGGAUUUGGUACUCGCUUUGGGGGCAAACCAACAGCAGGACUACAGCCAAGAGGCCACCAGCAAACACCUGUGGCACACGUGAGGCCAGAGGUCAAUGUGUCCCCCAAAAUAGAAGCACUCCACAAGCGUGAUGAAGAUGGGAUCAAGGCGCUGGUCCCCGCCAGUGCAGUGCCCUCUGAGUGCACUGCGAUUACAAACCUUCUCCAGCAGAUGACGCCAUUUCCCGUCCCUCUUCCCACAACGGGCAAAAUCCAGCACAGUCGCUAUGAGUACGACAGCAGCACAGGCUGUGCUGUCUUUGAGGUUAAGGACGUGGAGCUUCAGAAUGGAAAAAUCACAAAAUAUGAGGGCUAUAAGACCACCAUGUGAUUAUUGUUGGAAAGGGUGUGACACAGAUGAACACUUACAUUUUUUUUCUCUGUAUAUAAACUUCACUGUGCUGUAACAGUUGUAGAAGGCAUGGCUGUUAAUGCACAGAGAUAACACAGAUCACAAGACAGAAUUUUAGAAAUUCUCAAGAGACUGUACCUUCUCACCUGUCACCUGCAUAGUUAUAUAAAGUACAAGUACAAGUACUCUUACAGAUGGAAUUUCAACACUAGUGGUAUGUAAUUGCAAAGUUGGAACCAUGUAAUAUCAUACCACUAGUGUUGUAAUUACAUCUGAAAGACUACUUCUAUCUACUUUAUACAACUCUGGGGUGUAUUCUGGAAAACAUAGUUGUUAGCAGUUCGCAAUUUCAGUAGUUGCCAAUGGGAAAUUGCAUUGCAAACAACAAAGUAGCUAACAUAGUUAGCAAUACGCUUUCCAGAAAUGCACUGUGGAGAAAUGUUGGUAACACUUUACUUUAGAGAUACAUCUAUUAGCACUAAUAAAUACAAUAUUAAUGCCUGUGUAAGUAACUUGUAAGGCAUGUACUAAGCAAAAUCAGACAGUUGUUAGACAUUUAUUCGCAAAGGUCUUGUUCAUGCACAAUAAGGGAUUUAUUACCAAUACAACCUUAGUAAGGACCUAGUAGACCUAGAUAUGAGUAAGCAGUAAGGGCCAGAAUACAAUGUGUAUAAGCUCCUAGUACACUGUGUGAACAAACCCUGAACAGUGUGAAAAUAGAUGUGGAAUAAUGGUCCCUAUUCUAAAGUGAGACAUUGCUCAGACCAGAUGAUGGCCCCCACACUACCUAGAGCCCCCUUGGGAAGCAAAGUGUAAAAAUGUAUCCAAUCCUGCAGCAGUCAAAUUAGAAAAGUGUAGUUCUCACUUAAUCCACUCAGUAUGUCAAAGGUAAUAGGAAGCAUUAUAUAGCAAGGAUUGGAAGUAAACUUUUCAACAACGGUGGGGUGGUGAGAUGUCAUUUUUUCAUACACCAAUUAGUUUUAAUUGUAAAAACCCUACAAUAAAUGCAGAAUAUAACUGGUUUGACUCUGAGGAAGACGCAGGUGCGUCGAAACAUCAGUCAUUUUGUGCACCAAAAUAAU